UUUUAAUAUUUUUUAUAAACCCAUCGUCACCGGGGCGCUCUUCUUUGACGUAGCCCGUCGAUCGUUAGCUACGGCGAUCGGCGUAGUGAUCGUUCCGGCGUACCAAACAAAAUGAUCCGAUUGCUGCACAGCUUUCUGUACGACCGCACUUUCAGGUACCGUAUAAACGGUACUCUCUCAUCCUCCAGACGGAUUCGCGUUGGAGUCGUUCACCCGGGCGUGCACGUUCGCGGACGACACCGCACUGUACGCGACGGCUGUAGACCCGCGCUUCAUCAGAGCCCGCCUGCAGGAGGCUGUUAACACGAUAGGGACUUGUUUCCGCUUUUGGCAGAUAGAAGUCAACCCAGAGAAAAGCGCAGCCGUGCUCUUCACUGGCAAAGUGGUACCCCGGAACAAACCCCGACUCAAAGAAGUCUCACUCUACGGAGCUCCCAUCCCCUGGCAACGUACUGGCAAAUACUUAGGAGUAACCUUCGAUAACUGCAUGAGUCUCCUUGCACAUUAGGAAAGCGCUAAAAAAGGCUGCAUAUGUAAUUCAGCGCCUCUACGCUAUGAUUAACGUAAAAAGUAAAUUGUCCCACCCCUAACGCUUUACAAAACCACAAUCCGUCCGAUCUUAACCUACGCUAGUCUAGUCUUUUCCCAUUGUCCCAAAGCGCUUCAAACCUUGCUCGUUUUCUGCGCCAAAUCACGGGCGCGCCGUGGUUUAUACGCAGUAACGAUCUCCACGCCACUUUACGUGAGCUAAUGGGUAAACAGGUCCAUUUGUAAUGCUUCUGAGAUUGAAUUCUUAAUAAACGUAGUGAUGUUAUGCACAUGCAUGCUAUGCUGUUUGUCGUCUGUGUUUGAAUUUGAAGUUUGAAUUUUAGAAUAGAAAUAAAAAUUUCAAUUCAUAAUUUAAUUAAUAUUUAUUGUGAACUGAGUAUCGUGGGCGAGUGCGCGAUGUUGGAGCAAAAAGAAGGCCCGCGGCUGGGCGCGUGCGGCAAAACUCGCGCGCCGGCCGAGGAGGCCUACCUGGACGCCUUGUUCAGCGACCUGAUGCACGAAGUGACGCACGGAGCGCCCGGCGCGCGCCUGUCGGCCCGCCUGCGCGCCGCGCUCGAGAGGCUGCCGCCGGGCGUGCGGCGCGGCGUGGCGGCGCGCACGCGCGACGGCUGCGCGCCGCUGUUCGUGGCGGCGCGCCGCGGCAACGUGGAGCUGGUGGACUACCUGGUGCACGUGUGCGCCGCCGAGCUGGAGCAGCGCGGCGUGUUCACGCUGGCGCACGACGGCAGCCAGCACCGCGCCACGCCGCUGUGGGCCGCCGCCGUGGCCGGCCAGCUGCCGGCGUUGCGCGCGCUGGCCGACGCGGGCGCGGCGCUGGACGCGCGCUCCGACUCCGGCUCCACGCCCGCGCGCUCCGCCUGCUUCCUGGCGCACGCGGCCGUGGUGCGCGAGCUGCUGGCGCGCGGCGCCGACGCGCACGCGCCCGACCGCGGCGGCGGCACGUGCCUCAUCAACGCCGUGCACUCGGCGCCGCUGUGCGCGCUGCUGCUGGCGCACGGCGCGCGCGUGGACGCGCAGGACCAGCGGCUCAAGACGGCGCUGCACUACGCGGCGCAGGAGCAGCGCGCCGACACUGUGCGCCUGCUGCUGGCGCACGGCGCCGACCCCGCGCUGCGCUCGCGCGACGGCGACGACGCACUGCGCGCGGCCGCGCUGCGCGGCGCCGGGCCCGCGCUGGAGCUGCUGCUGGCGCGCGAGCCGGCGCCGGGCGCGCGCGCCGACGCGCUGGAGCUGCUGGGCGCCACGCAGCUGGGCGAGGCGCGCGACGCGGCGGCGGCGCUGCGCAGCUGGCGGCGCGCCACGGCGCUGCGCGCGGAGCACGGCGCGGCGAAGGCGGGGCACGCGGCGGCGGCGCGCGCGCUGGCGGCGGCGGCGCUGGGCGGCGCGCGCGAGUGGGCGGGCGCGGAGGCGCUGGAGGCGCUGGCGGCGGACGAGGACGCGCUGCACACGCAGGCGCUGCUGGUGGUGGCCCGCGUGCUGGGCGACCGCCACCCGGACACGGUGGCGCGGCUCGUGCGGCGCGGCGCGGCGCUGGCGCAGGCGGCGCGCCAGCACGAGUGCGCCGCGCUGUGGGGCUGGGCGCUGCGCCUGCGCGUGCGCCGCGACUCGCUGCUGCACGCCGACACCGGCGCCGCCGCCUGCGCGCUCACGCGCCUGCUGCUGGCCGCGCCCGCGCCGCGCCACCGCGACGUGCUGCGCGCCUUCGCGCUGCUGGCCGGCCGCCUGCCCGGCGCGCGCGCGCAGCUGGCCCGCCGCCCGGCGCCCGCGCGCCGCGCCGCCGCCGACCGCGCGUUGCGCUGCGCCGCGCUGCUGCUGCACCUGCUGCUGCGCACGGCGCCCGACGCGGCGGCGCGCGCGCGCGUGGGCCGGCGCGCGGCGCGGCUGGUGGCGGCCGACGUGCGCAGCGCGGCCGGCGACUCGCUGCUGCACCUGGCGGCGUCGCGGCUCACGGCGGACGAGUUCCCGUCGCCGCGGCUGGCGCGCGAGCUGCUGCGCGCGGGCGCGUCGGCGCGCGCCACCAACGCCGCGCGCUGCACGCCGCUGCACGUGGCGGCCGUGCCGCGCAACUUCUCCACGGAGCUGGUGGAGCUGCUGCUGGCGGGCGGCGCGCACCUGGACCAGCCCAACGCCUUCGGCGACUCGGCGGCCGAGCUGGUGCCGCUCAACCGCGCCAGCCGCGUGUGCCCGCUGCGGCACGUGUCGCUGGCGUGCCUGGCGGCGCGCGCCGUGCUGGCGGCCGGCGUGCCGCUGCCGCCCGGCGCGCUGCCCGCCACGCUGCGCGCCUUCCUCGACCUGCACCGCGCGUGAGCCGUGACCACGUUAGAUAAUAGACAAUUGACACCUUGAAGGAAAACCGUUGUCAGCCGACUGCGGCACGUUCGUCAGUUGUUAUCACAAAGAUGUAAAGCAUCAUUAAGAGUACAUUGUAAACUGCGAAAGUAAUUUAAAAAAAUAACACCUUAAUAUUGUCUUCGACGUCGAGUUGUGUGUUCAGGAAGUGUAAACACUACACAACGUCGAGUUGUGUGUUCAGGAAGUGUAAACACUACACAGGGUGCUCGGGAGUAUUCCCGUAACUACAAGAUGUUGACGGGUCCACUUUAAAGAACCGAACUGCAUAAACUUUGUUUUCAUACAAAGUAAUUCAAAUAACUCCGACUUCAUGUGACACACGCCUUUUUUUUAAUUCAUGACAAGUUCAGAUGAUGCUGACAGUACUGGACCACAUGUGGCGACGACUCUGUCAUGUGCAGGGAUUUACUGGAUUACUUCAGGACAUGUCGGAUAUUAGCACUUGCACUUUCUGAUAUUUCCAAGGUAUGGAUGCAGGCUGUAUCUGACUUUGUCGAUAUCGACGAUAGUUGCAACUUGCACUCCACACUUCAAUAAUUACCAGCAUGUCCAGCGAUAAUUCCGUCAUUUGUGGACCGAUUUUGAAAAUUCUUUUUUUUGUUUUGGAGGGUUUGAUUCCAGGGUGGUCCCAUUUUUUUCAUGUCAGGAUCUGAUGAUGGCAUCCUGGAGAAAUCGAGGGGAACUUUCGAAAAUCGUAGAGACGGCUAGUGCGUUUGUUAGUGUUUCCAUAAGGUAUUUUAAACCACUACAAUUUUAUGAAGGUCUGGAGUUGGUCUGAUGAUGGAGCCGAUACACAGACGAUAGAACUCGUCAACGAUUUACAGCAGGUACCUUUUGUUUGGGCUUAAUUUAUUUGUAUUGAUGAGAACUUUCCACCUAGAUGGGUUGUGAGUGUAUUAAGGGUCUGAUGAUGAAGACGAAGGACAGUGAAGAGAACUCGUCGACGGUUCACAGUAGCUACCUUGUGUUUGGACUUGAUAAAUUUGUAUUGAUGAGAACUUUCCACCUAGAUGGGUUUUGACUAUAUUAGGGGUCUGGUGAUGAAGACGAAGGAUAGUUAAGGGAACUCCUCGACGGUUCACAGUAGCUACCUUGUGUUUUGACUUGAUAAUUUUGUAUUGAUGAGAACUUUCCACCUGGAUAGAUUGUGACUGUAUUAGAGGUCUGGUGAUGAAGAUGAAGGAGAGUUAAGGGAACUCCUCGACGGUUCACAGUAGCUACCUUGUGUUUGGACUUGAUAAAUUUUAUAUUGAUGAGAACUUUCCACCCAUAUGGAUUGUGACUGCAUAUGGGGUCUGGUGAUGAAGACGGAGGACAGUCAGUUCACAAUCAGUAGGUGUGCUAACACUAAAAAUUAAAAAAUAAAAAUUUUAAUAAAAAAAAUUCAACCGACUUCCAACUCAAAAAUUAACCUAAACUAAAAAGCAAAAAAUAACAUCUUACCUAUGUGCUACCUUCUGAUCAGUUUGAAGGCGGUGCCAAUCCAGUGUCAUGUUUUAAUUAAAGCCGUUUCUGAAAGAACCACAGAAAUUGUGUAAUUUAAACUACUUGAAUUAAAACAUCACUGGCUUGGCACCGCCUUCAAACUGAUCAGAAGGUAGCACAUAGGUAAGAUGUUAUUUUUUGCUUUUUAGUUUAGGUUAAUUUUUGAGUUGGAAGUCGGUUGAAUUUUUUUUAUUAAAAUUUUUAUAAAACACAUGUUUUCGUUCCAUUUAAAGAAAAUUAAUUAAAUACGUCUAGUAUUUAAUUAAUUUUCCUUAAAGAAUGUAACCCUAGAGUUAUGGGAAAUACUCCCGAGCACCCUGUAGCUACAUAAAUAUAUUGGUUUUAAACACAAAAUUGUGUAUGUAUGCACUCAGUGUUGUAGCCUAAUUCGGAUCACUUAUCGGUGAUUUUGUAGUCACGUAACAUAUCUAUAGUAUAAAAUAAAUAUAUAUAUAGUCAGAUGCUGCUACACCUAGCUACGUGUAUAACCGUAAGCCUUCGUUUCACGUUAAACCUAAAUCAAAUAUACGGCUACAAAAAUAAAUAUUUUAGUAUGUGACUUAAAUUACCUACCAAAAGAAAACCACAUUUAAGAACUAAAUUUUAUUUUAUUUAUUAGAAUUUUUGCUAAUAAGGAUAUUAAAUGUAAUAUACAAAAAAAAUCGUUUUCAAGAAUAGGUAUUUUAGAGGUAAGGUAAGGUAAGAAUUACGAAGAUGUGUGUAAUUGUAUUAGAUAUAUGUAUAUUAUGUAUACCUAAAUGAUAAAUAAAAUAAAGCAUAAUAAUUGUUAUACAA